UCUUUCUUCCAUUCUCUCUUAUAUUCUCAUUGCUUUUGUUUUGUGAGUGCUAAAACUCUUCCUCAAACACAACACAACCUUUUAGAUUUCUGUGUUGUGGGUUUUUGGUUUUGUCUUGUUUGGUUGGUUCUUCACAUUUUGAGAGAUAUGGCAAUGACCCUUUUGAGGUAACACGUAUGAGAAGCUCUCAUUUGGUCGCCAUCAAAAUCCAUUAACAACCUCUACUUUUUAUUUUUCAUCUAUUUUAGUUAGUUUCAUUGAGGUUGUGAAUUCUUAUGAUGGCACCACCAAGUUCAUUUCCGGUGUCAAUUGAGAAUGUCAAUGAAUUCACCUUGUUGAAAAUCCAUGACUCAGAUUCUGCUAAGUUUCUUGAGAAGCAGAAAGCUUCAACCCCCAAGCAGUUAACAUGGUUUCUGCUUCUCAAGCUUCAUAGGGUCUUGACCCUAUUGUCAUGGCUAACUAAUGGAUUCAAAUCCUCCUUUGGCUUGAUCAAGAAGAGGGUUUCAUUGCCUGAUGAUGAAGGUCCAAAGCACAGAGGGAGGUUAUACAGGUUCUUAAGGGUGUUCCUUGCCCUCUCCAUUGCUGGUUUGGCCAUUGAGAUCAUUGCUCAUUACAACAAUUGGACCUUGCGUGUGAUCCAACCUUGGGAGGUUGAUGGGUUUCUUGAAUGGUCUUAUGUGGCUUGGAUUUCAUUCAGAGAAGAGUAUGUUGCCCCAUUAGUAUUGUUGAUGUCAAAAUUCUGCAUUGUUUUGUUCAUGAUUCAGUCCUUGGAUCGGUUAGUUCUUUGCCUUGGUUGCUUCUGGAUCAAGUACAAAAAGAUCAAGCCAACCUUUGAUGAAGAUGCUUAUGACAUUGAAGACCCUUCAAGCUUCCCAAUGGUCCUUGUUCAGAUUCCAAUGUGCAAUGAGAGAGAGGUUUUUGCACAAUCAAUUGGUGCUGUUUGUCAACUUGAUUGGCCAAAAGAUAGACUAUUGAUUCAAGUUCUAGAUGAUUCAGACGAUCCGAAUUUGCAGCAACUCAUCAACGAGGAGGUUUCCUCUUGGAAAGAUAAAGGGGUCAACAUUAUCUACAGGCAUAGAUUGAUCAGAACUGGUUACAAAGCUGGGAAUCUCAGUUCUGCAAUGUCAUGUGACUAUGUCAAAGACUAUGAAUUUGUUGCAAUAUUUGAUGCAGAUUUCCAGCCAAACCCUGAUUUCCUCAAACUAACUGUUCCACAUUUCAAGGGAAAACCUGAUUUGGGUUUGGUUCAGGCUAGAUGGUCGUUUGUGAACAAGGAUGAGAAUUUACUUACCAGACUUCAGAACAUUAACUUGUGCUUUCACUUUGAGGUGGAACAACAGGUUAAUGGUCAUUUCCUCAAUUUCUUUGGAUUCAAUGGAACUGCUGGUGUCUGGAGGAUUAAAGCUUUGGAGGAAUCAGGAGGCUGGCUCGAAAGAACCACCGUCGAAGACAUGGACAUAGCUGUCCGCGCUCACUUAAACGGAUGGAAGUUUAUCUACCUUAAUGAUGUCAAAGUUCUCUGUGAAUUACCAGAGUCUUAUGAAGCUUACAAGAAGCAACAACAUCGCUGGCACUCGGGUCCAAUGCAGCUAUUCCGGCUGUGUCUUCCUGCUAUAAUAACUUCCAAGAUUUCAAUUUGGAAGAAGUGUAACUUGAUAUUCUUGUUCUUCCUAUUGAGGAAACUGAUACUUCCUUUCUAUUCCUUCACCUUGUUCUGCAUCAUCCUUCCCUUGACCAUGUUCAUACCUGAGUCUGAACUUCCCCUUUGGGUGGUCUGUUAUGUUCCUAUUUUCAUGUCAUUCUUGAACAUCCUUCCAGCCCCGAAAGCCUUCCCUUUCCUAGUUCCCUAUCUCCUCUUUGAGAACACCAUGUCAGUAACAAAAUUCAAUGCCAUGGUUUCUGGUCUAUUCCAGCUCGGAAGUGCUUACGAGUGGGUUGUGACAAAGAAGACAGGCAGAUCAUCCGAGUCAGACUUGCUAUCCUUUGCCGAGAGAGAAUCAAAGUUAUCCAGCGAAGAGAAGAUUCAAAGGAGGAACUCAGACUCUGGCUUGGAAUUGCUAAGCAAACUCAAGCAAGCCGAAGCACCAAAAAAGAAGAGAAACAUGCUAUACAGGAAGGAACUCGCACUCGCUUUACUUUUGCUCACAGCAGCUGCAAGAAGCCUUCUAUCAGCACAAGGACUUCAUUUCUAUUUCUUGCUCUUCCAAGGAUUAGCAUUUCUAGUGAUGGGUUUGGACUUAAUUGGUGAGCAGGUGAGUUAAAACAUGAGCAAUUGGAAUCGGUUGCUACUUGUUUUUUGAAGCCCUUGUGCAGAUUUGAGUUGAAGUUCAUCAUCCAAUAUACAACCAUCUGAAGAACUAAGCAAGAAAAAGCCUACAAACUAUAAAACAAUAAUAAGUAUUGAGGCUCCAUACACCAAAAGAUUGUAUUUUUUCUUUUGUCCCAUUUUUUGGUAGACUUCAAAUUUGUUAUAGAGUGAUGGCAUUUUGUGGAUUUUCACUUGUGUAAAGCUUUAGAACUAAGAAAAUAUUAUUCAACAUAACUGUA